UGCUGCACGUAGACGUUUCAAACAGGGGUGGCGUUUUCUCCCCUCGCCGUAGCAGUUCCUCCGAAGAUGGCGGCGUGUGGACGUGUUCGGCUUUUCCUGCUCAUCGUGUCUGUCUCGUUCUGCGUGUGUCGCAGCGCGGGCGACAAAAUCCCGAACGGGAACGCGAAUCCGCUCCCGAAUCGACAGCCGCACCCGGCGGUGGCCCAGUACCCUGCCGCGGGCAACGCGGGUCCCGGCGCCGCGGUCUCGCAGUCUCGCCGCGCCGCCGGCUGGAAGCUGGCCGAAGAGGAGGCCUGUCGGGAGGACCUGACCCGGCUGUGUCCGAAGCACACCUGGAACAACAACCUGGCCGUUCUGGAGUGUCUGCAGGACAGGAAGGAGGAUACUGAGAUUGCCCCUGCCUGCAACCAUCUCCUGUGGAAUUACAAGUUCAACCUGACGACAGAUCCCAAGUUUGAGUCCGUGGCUGUGGAAGUGUGCAAGACAACCAUCCCAGAGAUUAAAGAGUGCGCAGAGGAGGAGCGGGGCAAAGGCUAUCUGGUUUCCUGCUUGGUUGACCAUCGGGGCAACAUCACAGAAUAUCAGUGCCACCAAUAUAUCACAAAGAUGACGACAAUCAUCUACAGUGACUACCGGCUCAUUUGCGGUUUCAUGGACAAGUGCCGCGAAGACAUCAAUGCACUUCGCUGCGGGAGCAUCAACACUGGGGAAAAGGACAUCCAUUCCCAGGGUGAGGUGAUUGCAUGCUUGGAGAAGGGCCUUGUGAAUGAGGCAGAAGAGCAGAGCCAGCGGUACGUCAUCAAGGAUGAGUGUAAGAAGGCCAUCCUGCGUGUAGCAGAACUGUCAUCUGAUGACUUUCACCUAGAUCGCUACCUGUACUUCUCCUGCCGUGAUGACCGUGAGCGCUUCUGUGAAAAUACUCAAGCUGGAGAGGGCAGAGUGUACAAGUGUCUUUUCAACCACAAAUUUGAGGAGGCUAUGUCUGAGAAGUGCCGAGAUGCCCUGACCACCAGACAGAAGCUCAUUGCCCAGGACUACAAAGUGAGCUAUUCCUUAGCCAAGGCCUGUAAGGCAGACCUACGCAAGUACCGCUGCAACAUGGAUACCAACCUCCCCCGGGCAAGAGAGGCCCGCCUGUCCUACCUCCUGCUGUGCCUGGAGUCAGCAGUGCAUAGAGGCCGCACAGUCAGCGGGGAGUGCCAGGGUGAAAUGUUGGAUUACAGACGCAUGCUGAUGGAAGACUUCUCCCUGAGCCCCGAGAUUGUGCUUCACUGUCGCGGCGAGAUCGAAUCCCACUGCUCUGGCCUUCACCGCAAGGGCCGUACCCUGCACUGCCUCAUGCGGGUGGGCCGCGGGGACAAGGGUGUGGUUGAUGACCUAUGCCAGCGUUCGCUCCAGACUCUCAUUCAGGAGGCAGAUCCUGGCUCAGAUUACCGCAUCGAUCGGGCCCUCAACGAGGCCUGUGAGUCCGUCAUCCAGACUGCCUGCAAGCAUAUUCGCAGUGGGGACCCUAUGAUUCUGUCUUGUCUUAUGGAGCACCUCUAUACAGAGAAGAUGGUGGAAGACUGUGAACACCGCCUGUUAGAACUACAGUACUUCAUCUCUCGAGACUGGAAACUGGACCCCAUUCUGUAUAGGAAGUGCCAGGGCGAUGCGGCCCGCCUGUGCCACACCCACAGUUGGAACGAGACCAGUGAGAUGAUGCCGCCGGGUGCCGUAUUCUCUUGCCUGUACCGGCAUGCGUACCGCACGGAGGAACAGGGCAGACGGCUGUCCAGGGACUGCAAAGUGGAGGUACAGAGGAUCUUGCACCAGAGGGCUUUGGAUGUCAAGCUCGACCCAGAUCUGCAGAAACGUUGCAUGACUGACCUUGGCAAGUGGUGCAGUGAAAAGACUGAUCCAGGACAGGAGCUGGAGUGUCUUCAGGACCAUCUUGAGGACUUGGGCCAAGACUGCAGGGAUGUUGUGGGCAAUCUGACAGAGCUGGAAUCUGAGGACAUCCAAAUUGAGGCCCUGCUGAUCCGUGCCUGUGAGCCAGUAAUCCAGUCCCAUUGCCACGAGGUGGCUGACAAUCAGAUUGACAGCGGUGAUCUGAUGGAGUGCCUUAUCCAGAACAAACACCAAAAGGAGAUGAACGAGAAGUGUGCUGUUGGUGUGACACACUUCCAGCUGGUUCAAAUGAAGGACUUCCGCUUCUCCUACAAGUUCAAGAUGGCAUGUAAGGAGGAUGUGCUCAAGCUGUGUCCCAAUAUCAAAAAGAAGGUCGAUGUGGUCAUCUGCCUGAGCACCACAGUGAGGAAUGAUACUCUGCAAGAUGCAAAGGAGCAGCGUGUGGCCCUCAAAUGCCGCAAACAGCUGCGGGUGGAGGAACUGGAGAUGUCUGAGGAUAUCCGCCUGGAGCCAGAGCUGUAUGAUGCUUGCAAGCAGGACAUUUCGAGGCUGUGCCCUAAUGUGGCCUUUGGCAAUGCUCAGGUAAUUGAAUGCCUGAAGGACAACAAGAAGCAGCUAACGCAGGUUUGCCACCAGAAAAUCUUCAAACUGCAGGAGUUUGAGAUGAUGGAUCCAGAACUGGACUACCAGCUUAUGAGAGUGUGUAAGCAGAUGAUUAAGCGGUUCUGUACGGAGUCUGAUGCCAAAAGCAUGCUGCAGUGCCUGAAGCAGAACAAGAACAGUGAACUGAUGGAUCCCAAGUGCAAACAGAUGAUCACAAAGAGACAGAUCACUCAGAACACAGACUACAGGCUGAACCCUGUAUUGCGAAAGGCCUGCAAGGCUGACAUUCCCAAGUUCUGCCAGAAUAUUUUAAACAAGGCUAGUGAUGGCAAUGAGCUGGAGGGCCAGGUCAUUGCGUGUCUCAAGCUGAAGUAUGCCGAUCAGCGGCUUUCAAUGGACUGCGAAGAUCAGAUCCGGGUCAUUCUGCAGGAGUCAGCCCUAGACUACAGGCUGGACCCUCAGCUGCAGAUGCACUGCACAGAGGAGAUCUCACGCCUGUGUGCAGAGGAGGCUGCUGCUCAGGAGCAGACCGGACAGGUGGAGGAGUGCUUGAAAGUCAACCUGCUCAAGAUUAAACACGACUCCUGCAAGAAGGAGGUGCUCAACAUACUGAAGGAGAGCAAGGCUGACAUCUUUGUGGACCCUGUCCUCCAUACGGCCUGUGCCCUCGACAUUAAGCAUCACUGUGCUGCUAUCCUCCCAGGCCGUGGUCGUCAGAUGUCGUGCCUGAUGGAAGCUCUGGGGGACAAGCGGGUGCGGCUGCAACCAGAGUGCAAGAAGAGGCUUCAAGAUCGUAUUGACAUGUGGAGCUAUGCUGCCAAGGUGGCCCCAGCUGAAGGAUUCUCAGACCUGGCCAUGCAGGUGAUGAUAUCGCCCUCGAAGAACUACAUACUAUUUAUGAUUGCACUGUGUGUAUGUGUGCUCUUCAUGGUUGGCCUACUAUGCGGUCGUAUCACUAAGCGUGUCACGCGGGAACUCAAGGACAGGUAGAGGACACUGAGGGCUGCCACAAAAAAGCCGCUGUCUGAAGGCCCAGCCCACCUUGCCCUCACCACCCCCCUACCCCCCAAACCCACUCACCCACCUGUUUCUGCCCAGACUGUUCCCAGCACAUCCCUGUUUCAGUUAAGGGGGGUUGGACACCACAAACGCUACACAUUGCCUGUGCCAUCCAAGGACCCCCUUAGGUCCCCUAUAUAACCCCACCCUUCCACUUCCCUGCUCCUUUUAUGGAAUCAUACUGUCCCUUUUGACCCAUGUCUCUGCCAUCAGCUUGCUUCUAACCCUGUCCUUUAGGUUUUCUUUGGGAUGUGUAGCAUCUCGUUUCCCUCCAGUAUGUCAGACAGACUUCAGCCAAAAGUAUAUAAAGGGGCACAGAAUGAGUAUGUAUUUUUACUUUUUUGUAAAUUGGUUUGCAUGGUUUUUCUCCUCCCCUCCUGCUUUAUGCCAAAUACUUUUUAAUUCAAAUUUGUUUGGGGGGAUAGAAUGCCAGGUCCAAAAAACUGUGCAUAUAUCCAAUGUCCUAGCCCCUGCCUUUAAAAAAAAAAAAAAAAAAAAGAAAA